GUACGGAACGUGAUUUCAUAGUGGAUUGAUUGCCCAGCGAAUUUCGUAAAAUCUAAAAUUUGGUUUUUAAUUUGUAAAAUAAUUAGCGUUUAACAAAUUUAACUCUUUUUAUAAUAAAUAAAUCGAAAUGGCAAAGUGGGGUGAAGGUGAUCCACGUUGGAUUGUUGAAGAACGACCUGACGCAACGAAUGUCAACAAUUGGCAUUGGACUGAGAAAAACGCAACGCCAUGGUCCAAGGAGCGUUUGGCACAAUUAUUGAAAGGUCUCAAAAUUGAGAAGGAGGGUAUCGAAUGUGUUGUGGAUAAGAUUGAUGAUUGUAGUGGUGAGGCCACGGUUAACAAUCGCAAGGGGAAACUUAUAUUUUUCUAUGAAUGGAAAUUGGUACUUAAGUGGACGGGUAAAUUAUUGAAAAAUAGUAAACUAGAGCACAAAGGCAAAAUAACUAUUCCGAAUUUGUCGGAGGAGAACGACAUUGGUGACAUUGAGAUAACCAUUACAAUUGACGAAUCCAACGAUGAGUCGGAGAACUUGAAACAGUUCAUGUAUAAUAUUGGACGAGAUGUUAUUCGAAAACAGUUGGAGUUGUAUAUUAAAGAGUUAAAAGAAGAAUAUUCUAAAAAUUUGAUACUUCCAAAGAAGGGUGAAGAAAAUACCACCGUCACACCAAAGGCUAAGCAACCUGGAUCUAGUAUUUCAGCAGAAAAUAAUUUACUAAAUAAUGUAAAUUCAGUGAAAUCUAGUGAUAACACCAAUAACGUUGGCUGUAAGCUGGACGUGAAAACAUUGAAAAUAACUGAAGAGUUCAACUGUUGUGCAAACGAUUUAUACAAUGCGUUAACAAAAGAAGAAAUGUUAACAGCUUUCACACGUGCACCAGCUAAGUCAGAUGCUUCUCGUGGCGGCGAAUUCGUUUUGUACGGCGGCAAUGUGCGUGGAAAAUUUGAAGAGCUGGUACCAGAGAAAAGAAUAAUACAAUCUUGGAGACUUAAAAAUUGGCCUUCUGGACACUACUCUGAGGUUGUGAUAGAAUUAGAGGAAGCGAAAAACACCACCCAAAUGAAGCUUAAACAAACGGGCAUUCCUGCAUCCGAAUUUGAUGCAAUGCGCGCCAACUGGCAUCGAUAUUAUUGGCAAAGCAUUAAGCAAACUUUUGGCUUUGGAUUGUCUAUCUCAGAUAUAUGGUAAAGCUUGAGGGAUUUUUGUUUUUGUAAGGCGUUGCAGUUUUAUUGUAUCCUAAGUAGCAAAACAAUAACCUCAUGGCCCAUUAAAAUGGUUAAUAGCAAACAAAUACAUUGGGGAAAAAGCAGCAGCAGAAGUAGCAACAACAAACAACAAAUCACGAUAUCUCUUUUAGGCAAUUUAGUUAUGUUUUCACAUUUUAUUUAUAAAUGCUUUAGUGACUGCCAACUUGGCUGUGGCUAACAAGGUGGCCGUCUUGAUUUUUAUACAAACUAUAUUGAGAAGAAAAACUAAAUGCUUCAUUUCGAUAAAUAAACCGACUCAGAUAAAAAGUUAGAACAAAGUAUGAAUAUAGUGAUAUGUAUUUCGAAGAUUUCAGCAAAUGAAUUUAAACGUUUACUGUUUUCCGAUAUUGUGUCUAUGUAAUUCUUAAAUACGGAAAGUCGCAAAUAAACUAAAGAUUUGGUCACAGGA